CUGAUCCCUGCAGGGUCUAUAAAGAGUACCGUUGCGUCCAGCAUCCGGUCUGGUCCGAACUUGACACUGUUACAAUGGCAAAGAUCAUCUUCUAUGAAGACAGGAACUUCCAGGGUCGCCACUAUGAGUGCACUAGUGACUGUCCCGAGAUGCAAAACCACUUCAUCCGAUGCAACUCGAUAAAGGUGGAGGGCGGCUGUUGGGUAGCCUAUGAGAAGCCCAAUUAUGCUGGUUACCAAUACAUGCUGCACAAGGGCGAAUACCCCGACUACCAACGCUGGGCAGGCUUCAAUGACUGUAUCCGCUCCUGUCGUAUGGUUCCACCUUAUAACGGAAACUAUAGAAUGAAGAUCUUUGAACGGUCUGACUUUGGUGGCCAGAAUUUGGAGCUAAUGGAUGACUGCCCUGAUUUGCAUGAGCGUUUCCAUACCCAUGACAUCUCUUCUGUCAAUGUCAUGGAAGGCUACUGGAUACUCCAUGAACAUCCUCAUUACAGGGGGCGGCAGUACUUCUUGCGCCCUGGCGAAUACAGGAGGCACAGCGAGUGGGGAAGCACCAGUCCCACCAUCGGCUCUCUGAGACGUGUCACUGAACUCAACUGAUUCCCACUUGUCACCCCCCAAUGAACCCUAAUGUUAAGAUUCUCUCCUUUGAUUUCCUUAAUACCAACACUGUUUCUGUUUGGUGCACUACUGUACUUAAAUUUGUGAUGUUAGGUUCGAGUUUUGUGUUUAGUUUCUCCCUCAACCAAGUGCUUAGAUUAAAAAAAAAAAUCUUUUUCUUUUUCUUAUUCUUUUUUUUUUUGCUUUGGUUGUCCCAUAGCAGAGUAGUUUUUCUCACCAGUCACCAACCUCUUGUUCUACUGGGAUUGCAAUAAACGGAAAUUUGAUUAAAGUAAA